UAAGAAUAUAUUAUAAUAAAUUGUUUCACAGUGGAAUAGAAAGACAGACAACAUCUAUGAAAAUAAAGAGAGAAAUACACGAAUCACCGAUAAUAAUUUCCCGAAAAAUCGAUGUUCCCGCACAACAAUCCAAAAUAACUAUAAAUAAUUCUAUUGUGAAUGCAAAAACUACAUGUGUAUUACCUUCGAAGGAAAAUCUUCAGCAUAUGCAAUCUAUUGAACCGCAAUUUCAAACCAACAAAGAAAAGGAAUGUUGGCAUCUUUACAAGAAAAUGUGUGACAAAGGCGUUUGCGUUUCUUUUGAUACGGUUUUAAGGGGCAUGCUUACACCAACGGAAUAUCGACUAAGACAGAGAGAAAUCUUAGAAAAUUUGUGACAAAGCUUAUAUAUUGUUGGUACUUUUAUAAAAAGUUUUAUAAAAAGCUAUAGUUGUUUAUUAUCUUUAUCUGAAAACGUAAAGAAAAAAGAUUAAAAUAAAACAAUGGAAGUGCUCGAAAUCGUAGUAACCUG